CCCGCCGGCGGCCUCGCUGAGGUGGGAUAGGGGUGGCUGUGGGGUUGCGGCCGGCCAAGGGCACCUCACGCAAGGCUUGGGAGUGCCCAGUCCGCGUCCGGCGCCUGUGGGGCUGUGCAGUAACUUACCGUCAGCCCCAUCUCGGCGGCAGGCUGGCCUUGAGGCUGCCCCGUUGGUCUCCAGCGGGCUGGAGGCGUUCGGUGAAUGGCGAAGAUCGGUGCUGCUGGGCGGCUUCGGGUGUCUGCGAGCAGGUGUGAGGGGUGUACUGAAACUCUGUCCCGCUUCCCUGCUGCUGUUGCUUCGGCCUGCCGGACAGACCGUGUGAGCCGCGGGUACGGCGUGCGCCUGGUCCAGUGACACCUGUGGCGUAACGCAAUGAAGUGCUGCUGCUGCUUCUUGAAUUUUAGUUUGCAUAAAUUUUUUAAUCCACGUUAAUGAAAAUCUAGUGAUUCUUUGAGCUUAAACGACUGCUGGUUUUAAUGUUUUUAUGAUCUGGAAAAGAGUAAUCUUCAAAGCUUGUCAAGUAAGAGUGUAUAUGGUUGAAGAUGAUGUUCCUUCUCCAGAGUUCAUAAACUCGAAGCUGCUUAUUGGAUAUCAUGAGUUUGUCUUCUCCAGUCAGCUAUGCUGUCAUGGAAGCUGCAUGCUUACAUAAUGCCAAGUGUGAGUCACAGUUACUACAAAACAGCAAUGAAUCAGAAGUGUAUACCGCUGAAGAUCUGAGAAGAAAACUCUGUCAAGCUAGAAAAGAAAAAUUAGAUUUAACCAUUAAACAUAAUCAAGAACUGUCUGACUAUGAAAGCCAGAUAGUCAAAUUACGGUCAGAAAUUGAGAAAGGAGAGGCUGUUCGACAGCAUCUGGAGUAUGAAUUGGCGAUUGCCAGAAAAGAUGGUCGUCUGAAAAUAUGUGCUGUGGAAGAGGAGUUAAGUGAUGCAAAUACCAAACUUGUGGAACUGCAAAUGUUAAAUGAAAAACUGCAGCAGAAAGUGGCAGAGACUGAGAAAACAUUUUGUACUGCUCAGCAGAAGUGGAAAGAAGAACAGCAAAGACAUGCAAGUGAGAAGGAUGAUAUCCGUAGAACUUGCAAGAAUGAAUAUGAGUUGCUUCUCAAGGAAAGAAUCAAACUAGAAAGUUUUUUGCAGGACCAAAACAAUGCAUUGCAAAAUAUAGGUAAGAAAAUGAAAGAUUUGGAGAUGAAACACAGUGGCUGUACUGAGAUGCUGAGGCGCCAGGCCAGUCAGCUUGAAUACAGUACUGAACGAGAGGAACGACUGAAGAAAGAACUCGAAGCAGCUACAGUGCGAAUAAAGAAACUGGAAGAAAACAUUGAAGCAGAGAGAGCAGCACAUUUGGAAUCCAAAUUCAAUUCAGAGAUCAUCCAGUUAAGAAUUCGAGACCUUGAAGGAGCUUUGCAGGUGGAAAAAGCCAGCCAAGCAGAAGCGCUUUCAGAUUUAGAAAUGAUCAAGAAAGAGUUUAAAGAUGUAGAAAAUGCAUAUGAGAGAGAAAAAUGCAAUGCCCAAGAGAACCUGGAAAAACUCAAUGUAUUAGAAAGAGAGUGUCUCUCCACAAACAAGCACAUGAAUGAGAAGAUUGAAGAAAAGAAGAAGAUAAUUCAAGAGCUCUCUGAGAGACUAGGGAAUAAUGAAAAAACCCACAGAGAGUUGCAGGAGGAACUUGCAAUGGCCAAGAAACACCAGGUCUUUCUAACAGAGACGUAUGAAAGCAACAUGAGAGAGCUGAAGUUACUAUUGGACAGCUUUGCUAUGUCAGGCCAGCGGACAGCAGGCACUUGUAAGGACAAAGAUAAACCUUCGAGCCUCUCUGUCCUUGAGACUUUGAGGUGUACCUUGACAGCUUACCAGAACAAGCUGGAAGAUACGUCUAAUGAGCUUAGGAAAAUUGAGGCUUUGUGUGAAAAGAAGACAAAAGAACUUGAGAUAUCCAAAGAGAAAAUACGUAAUUUAAGUGAAGACCUUAAGGAAGCUCAGGAUAACCUAGCUGAUGUCAAUAAAGAGUUAAAUCAUCUGCACACUAAGUGUGCAGACAGAGAGACUUUAAUAGGAACUUUAAAAAUUGAACUGCUGAAUGUACAGCAAUGCUGGGAGAAGGAGAAAGUACGUGUCACAGAAUCUGAAAAUGAAAUCCAGAAGCUUACCAAGGCUUACCAGAUGGAUAUGGAGGAGAAGCUAACCUUCCUCCAUAGCUUAUACCAGCGUUUGGUAGCAGGCUGUGUGCUUAUAAAACAACCAGAAGGCAUCAUAGAUAGAUUCUCUUGGUCUGAGCUUUGUGCAGUCUUGCAGGAGAAUGUUGAUGCCCUGAUCUUAGACCUCAACGGGGCUAAUGAGAAGAUAUCUCACCUAGAAUGUGUUUGUAAGAGCAAGUCCGAUACUGUGAAGGAGCUUCAGCAGAGCCAGGAAGAUGCAUUUAGUGAAAUGGCCAAACAAAUGAAAGCACAGAAAAGCUGUUGGCAGAAACAAAAAAUGUAUCUGGAGCAGCAGUACUCUGGUCUCCUUGGGGAAGUUCAUGCAAGGGUACAGGAAUACCAAAAAACAUCAGAAAAAAACAAGGAAAAAAUUUAUGUCCUUGAAAGAAGACGGGAUAAAUUAGCCCUUGAAAAUGUUUCUGUGAAAAAUAUGUUAACACAGGUUCAGAAGGAGCAUUCAUCUCUCCUGGUAGCCUGUGCACUACUGGCGGGUGCCCUGUAUCCUCUCUAUGGCCGAUCAUGUGCUAUGUCUUCCCAGAGGGACCUUCUCCAGGAUCAGGUCAACAUUUAUGAAUUAGUGAACGAGGAGAUUAGGACCCUAGUUCAUGCACUCUCUGAUGUAGAGGAAGACAGUCAAGAUGAUGCAAAACUGAAGAAAAGAAAACUCAAAGGCUUGAUUCAUGUAUUUCGAAGAGGUGUGAUUGCAGUUUUGGCAGCUAACAGAUUUAAAAUUUUAGCCCGGUCUUCUAGUUCCCUCUUCUCCUGGGUAGAUGGCUUGAAAGAAGGCAUUGGAAUAUUAGUUUGUAUAGGAGAAUCCAAAGGCAAGCAUAAUGUGUCAAGUCAUGAAGAGGAGCAAAUUCACUGUGUUGAAGCAUUCAGCUGGUUCACUAGUUCUAACCUUCUUGCUGCAAUUAUAAGUUCUGUCACUGAAUUACAGGAUAUUGUUAACACAACAGAUCCAAAGCCCUGGCUUUCUGAACACGUACUUGUAAAUGCAGCCAGGAACUCCUUUUCAAAACUCAUGAACAAGCUGAAUGUAAUAAUGGAGACUGUUCCAUUAGACAGCAGAAGGAGCAUUAGUUACCCGGAGAAAAACUCCUUGGUACAGAGACUGGCUCAUGGACUUCACAAAAUAAACACCCAGGCCCUGGAAGCUGGAUUAUGUGACAGACUACCCAUUAUGAAGAGCAUAGCAUCUUUGCAAAAGCAGAUAUUUGAAUUUACACAAAGACUUCAUACAGCAGAGGUGGAACGCCGUUCACUGCGCCUAAAACUUGCUGAAUUUAAAUGGAAUUUCAGUGAGAUGAAAAAAGAAGCUGAAAAAGCCAAGAGCCUGCAAAAGCAAUUAAAUAUGUUUAAGCAAUCUAAAUUGAUCACCCAUGAGAGGUUUGAAAGUGCAUGUGAAGAAUUAAAUAAUGCAUUACAUCGGGAGCAUCAGGCACAAGUGCUUUUGAAUGAACAGGCGCAACAGCUACAGGAGUUAAAUAAUAAACUAGAACUGCACUCCAGUGAAGAAGCAGACAAAAACCAAGUCUUAAGUGAAACUGUAAAGAGACUCUCAGAGGCAAAGAUGGAGCUGAGAAGAAAAGAUCAAUCUCUGCGUCAGCUCAAUAGACUUCUUACCCAGCUGGAGCAGGACAAGCGUCGACUGAAAGAGAGCAUCCAUGAUGCAGAGAGUGCCCUCUGCAUGGCAGCGAAAGACAAAGAAUUGAUAAUUAGUCACAUGAAAUCUGUGGAAGCCACUCUUCAUAAGGUCAGAGAUCAGACCUUGCUGUCACGGACUGCGGCAACCAGGAAUGACUUCACCCUGCAGCUACCCAAACUGCACCUAGAGACCUUUGCAGUGGAAGGGCUGAAGGGCAGGCCAGAGGUUGUGGCAUUUCAGGCCAUGGUUAAAAGUUUUAUGGAUGUCUACCAGCUUGCAAGUUCCAGAAUUGACAUGCUGCUGAGAGAAACAGCAUCUCAUAAGCUUCCCACUGCAGCCCCAGAGUCUAAGAGCCAAACAGCUUGUCUUCAUGAAAAUGAGAACCUGCAGUUGGAUGACGCUCCCACCAGCAGAGAAUUCAGUGCCAGCUAGUGGGCAAACUUUUCUUCAGAAGAGGAAUCAAGAGGGAGUUCAAACAUCACCAUGGCUUCAAGCUAGGAAUUCAGCCUGACCAGAGCUGUAUCCCAGAUAUUUUGGCAUUGCAAGCUGAACCUGACACAUGCUACAGUUUUAUGCACAAUAGAGCCAGUUUUCAGUCUUCAUUCUGUUCCUUCGGCCUGAAUGUCACAUCCAGUCCCAAAAGAACAAUGGAAAAUGGAUUUUCAGAUUCUUUGUAUCAAUAAUCUUUUAGAAGGAAAAAAUUGCAUUAAUGUAAAAUGAUGCAAUUAAAGUGCAAUUUUGUUGCUACCUUUGAGUUGUACUUUAGCAUAUGUAUUUUUUGACAUUAAUUUUACGUUUAUAUGAAAAUGUGCUUUCAUAUGUUCACAUUUCUCUGCUUUUCAUUCUUUGCAUACCAAAACAGGUUUGGGGUUUUUUUAACUUUUAUUUAUUGCAGUUGUUCAUUUUUUAUGUAGUAUAUUUUUAAAUGUUAAAGAAUGACACAUUUUGGGUAAUUUUCCCCAGUCUUUAAAAAAAAAAUCAAUAAGCCAUUUUAGUCUCUAUCUAUCAAAGUUGUUUCAUACUUGUCUAUUUUAAAGCAGGACUGCAAUACUUUAAUAGGAUUGAGAGAGCUAUUUGAAAUGUAUGCCAAUGAUUCCUGUCAUUUCAUGGCAGCCCUGCCAUGGUUCACUGAGCCCCCUCUUUUCUCUUGUCAGCUCAACUGAAGACAAGCAUUUAGUUGCAAACUUUAAGCAGGUUGUGCAAAACAGAAAUGAUGUGACUGCUUCUCUUCCUGCACAAUAAUGUCACUGCUGGUCAAUGUGAGAAGGUCAGGUUGCUUCUUGUAAAGCUACAUGAUACCACUUGCCUAUUUGAACAAGUUAAGUUAGCUGCUGAAUCUGGUCCCUGCAGGCGCUGAAAACUCACCCUUUUAUCAAGUCUGCAUUUCAUCAGAAAGACGAACAAUUGUGCAGGGAGGAUUUCUGAUGAUAUGUUUAUGUACUUUAUAAGGACAGUUCCCAAACCAGUGUUGCAGGUAAUAUAUCUAGUUUAAGCUGAAAGACUUUAAAGUAAUGGCUGUUUUGACCUUCAGAUAGACUUCCUUUUUGUUGUUCUUGGUAGGACCCAAGAGUGACGCCCAUCUUUGAUGCUGACAGAAUUUAAAGCAAGGCCAUUGCCCUGCAUUUUCUGCCUUGUAGCACACAAAAGUAAAAUUGUAUGUCAGGCCGAGAUGUUGGGGAGCUGACAAGAUGCCCCAGUGACAUUUCAGCUGGAAAGAGCAAGUGUCUUGCAACCAAGUGGUCAAAUAUCAAAUAAUAGGUCAAGCAGGAAGGAGCUGAGUUCUAACCACAAAGAGGUUUCUGGUAACUUACUUGACAAGCUUUUGGGUGCUUUGUGGCUUGACAAAGUGAUGUUCUAUUGGGUAUCGCUAGACAGACUGUUCUUUAUCGCCUUCAGAAGAUCAGACAUUGACAUUGAUUAAACUCUUUAACCCUUAAAGGUUAAAUCCUAGCAGUUUCGUCACUGUGAAUGAAGAACAAAAGAAAAUUUGUAAUAUACCAUUUGUUUUCAUAUUAAUCACUGAACUCCCUAGUGCUAUUAACUUUUGAUGUGCAAUGUAGUUUUUGACAAAAAGAUUGAAUGCAAAAUCUAUAGAAUAGAUUGUUUCUCAUUAUGGGCCAGUGAUACAUUAGAAAAAUAAUAUUAUGCAUUAUGGAAUUUGUAAUUUCUUCUAGUAUGUCAAGUGUAGGGUUUGAUUUUAAAGCCUUGUGACUACUACUGAAAUUCCAUUCUUGUUGAAAAACAAUGCUUGCAUAGAUAAUACACCACUUAAAAUGACCACAGUCUUCCAAAUACCAGGUACCAGAAAAGCUAGAAUAAAUCUCAAAUUUACGACAUCUUUAAUUUUUGAUUAUAGUUAGCAUCAAGUGUUCAGGUGUUCCCCUAUUGCACAACUCGAUUGCUUCACAGCCAUGAUUUGCAUGUAUGUGUGUAUACUACUACUACUAAUUAUAAUACUAAUAAUUAUAAUGCUACUAAUAAUAAUUAAUACUAAUAACAGAACCAUGCAAAACCAAGUAAGAAAUUCUGCAGAGCUCUCACAUCUAAGAGUUAGCUGAUAGAUGAGUAACACUCCUUUUCUCUAUGAUGAUGUAUUUAGUCUUGAAUACUUAAGAAAGAAGUUUCAUUUUGCUCCAAAAGUCUUGGCUCCCCUCUUCCCUGACAGUGACUGACUGUUCCUGGUAAAGGCACUGCAAGACUGUAUUCUGCUCUUUCAUAUUCAGUGCCGAAGGUCUGUUAUAUUUGUAUAAAGAAUGAAAAAAUAUAUAUUACCAAGCAUUUUUCUAUAAUGUAUAGAAUCAUGUAUGUGCUUCAUUUAUUAAAGUAUAUUUUCAUGGUAUUCUGUAUUUUGAGAAAGAAAAUGCCUGUUCUUUGCUACAUGACCUCAAACUGCUGCAGAAAUUUUGCAGCAUAUCUGUCCCAUCCUCAUCAUCGCCAUAUGUUUAGUAUUGUACAUGCAGAGAUGGAAGAAGGAUUUCUUUCUGAAAUGUUUUCCUUUUUGAAAUCAUUAUCUUCUAAGGACUAGGACUGAUCAGCUCCAAUUAUUCCAGUUACUGCUCCAAGCAUAGGUUCAUGUGAUUUCACAGAGGCCAUAGCAGUGGCAAACUGAAUGUAGUUAGUGAGAAUAAUCUAGUGAGCUAUUCUUACAAGAACAAGCUUAUAUGUUGUCAUUGAAAGGGGAACAUCUAACUCAUUUACUCUGUUUAAAUAUUGAGCAACUCUGAGUUACAGACUGUUUUUUUAAACUCACCCACUUUGAAGGGACUUUGAGAUACCUUAUGUUUGGAUGUUCCAUUUGUAAAGGAAAACUCUUUCUCAUGUAAUGAAGAAGUUGUUGAAUACUAAACCAGAUCAUCAUCAGUCAAAUACUCCUGUGUUGCUUUUCUAGGCAUCUGAUAAAUUGAAGUUUGUGAUAAAUUCCAAAUGAACAGAAGAAAUCCAGCUGGCGAAAUCUUCUGUUUGUAGUGUACAAAUGAUCCUACCAAAGCAUUUCUUUCCCUUUUGGGGGACAAGUUAAAAUCAUGCUUGCGUAGAAUGUGGCAACACAGUCACACUAGCUGCCAAAUGAGCAUCCUGGCUGUUUUAUAUGACCUUCUCUCUCUGGCUUGCUUCAAAGAUCGCUGAGCUUGAGACCUUGAUCCUUACUUUUGGAGGGUUUCAUGUGUUGGGCCUUGGAUUUCAAGAGGACUGCUUCUACUUGGAUAACAUCAGCUCCAUCAGCAGCAUGGCUUCAUGAGAACAACCUGUUUCCUUAGAAGAAAGCCUAUGAUUGGUGGAACUAGAAUAUUGUUUAUGGUUUAUAAAUGUGGUACAUUAAAUAAUUGGUCACAGAUCUGCCUUCUGGUCA